CCAUGUUGGGACGGUUUGAAAGCGAGCGCGGGUGUCGAGCUCCGCUGUGACUGCGGAGGAUGCUGCGAGUGAGCCGAGCCUGAGGCGGGGCGGUGUCCGGGUUGGGGAUGCUUUGUGGUGUCUCGCGUUGGGUAACAGGCCUGAGCUUUCGGCGGAGAGCUGUGGAAGUGUGCGGUUUUUGUUUUUGUUUUCCUUUAUUUUUAUUUUGGGGCCUUAGGGGUGAGUUAGGCCGGAAAGGAGGGUGUCUUUUCGAGGGUUGUCCCAUCCUGUGACAGCCGAGAAAAGGCGAAAGGAGAGUGGCGAGCAAAGAGGGAGACGUUUCCUGAGGGAGGGCGCUUGUGGAGUCUCUGUGGAAGGAAGAACACUGUAGAGGGAGUGCCCCCUGGGCGAGGGAGGGUCGCGGGACGCAGCGGAGGGGGCUGACACGGGCGUCUGGGGACCUGAGGCGGCGACAGGAAGGGGCUUGCGCUUUGGGGCUGUCGCUUCCGAACACUUCUCCUUCAGUCCAUUGCUGCGCUCGCCCUGGCUGCUGAAUAAAUGGUUUCGGAGUGAAAAGCAUCUCAUUGAAGAACUUGUCUGUGUCUGUGACUGACGGGCGGUGGAACACCAAAGGGAGGGUGUCGCCUGAUUGGGACUGGAAAAAUUGGAAUUCAGGGCGCCCGGGGUAGGGGAACGAUGCGCACUGCUGGAGACGGGCGACCUUCGCUGGCCGGUCGAUGGGUUCCUGGUUUUCUGCUGCCAAGUAAACAAACGUUCCCUUUCCUAACUUAGCAGUCACAGAGCUAUUUCCAACAGUUGUUGUUAAUUUCCUGUGCGAUAUUCCCGUUGGCUAUUUAACACUGAACGUUCUGCUUUUGAAUCAAAGUUAGUUAAAAUUUCUUGUCAAUAAGUUUAACAUUCUAUUCUUCCGCGUGAUGGAUUUUCUUUUGGAGAUUCGAACUGAAGCCUGUACGGAGGAAAUGUUGUUUUUAAGGGAAAUGAAUAGAAACAAUCCACUUUGAAGAAGCCAUGGCGAAAUCAAAGACAAAACAUAGACUUUGUUCUCAGGAAUCUUCAGUAUCUGCGCUGCUGGCAAGCUGCACCCUGAGUGGUAGUAAUUCCUCUAAUUCUGAUGGCUCGUUUCACUAUAAAGAUAAGCUGUACAGAUCUGCUUCUCAAGCUCUACAGGCUUAUAUUGAUGAUUUUGAUCUAAGCCAAAUAUAUCCUGGUGCAAGCACUGGAACAGUUAACAUUGAUGAGGAUUUUACUAAUAUGUCACAGUUCUGCAACUAUAUUUACAAACCAAACAAUGCUUUUGAAAACCUUGAUCACAAAAAGCACUCAAACUUCAUAUCCUGUAGAAGACACACCGUUAAUGACAUAGACUCCAUGAGCCUAACAACUGAUGAUCUAUUAAGACUCCCAGCAGAUGGAUCAUUUUCUUAUACUUAUGUUGGACCGAGUCACCGAACGAGCAAGAAAAACAAGAAAUGCCAUGGAAGACUGGGUUCAUUGGACAUUGAGAAGAAUCCACAUUUUCAAGGACCCUACACUCCCGUGGGCAAGGAUAACUUUGUUACUCCUGUUAUACGCUCAAAUAUAAAUGGAAAGCAAUGUGGUAGGCUAAAAAACCCAAAACUUAUGAAUAGGACUAAUAAUUGCAUUUCUGAAUCAUCUUUGUCUUUUCCCAAGAAAUCGUCUUUCAAGGACAGUUCAGAACACAGUCUUGAAAAGAAUUACCCAAGAUGGCUCACUAGCCAGAAAUCUGACCUUAAUGUUUCAGGGAUAACUAGUAUACCUGAUUUCAAAUACCCGGUCUGGCUCCACAAUCAAGACUUGCUACCUGAUGCAAAUAGUCAAAGGGUUUAUCAAAUAUUUAAAGAUGAUCAGUGUUCCCCUAGACAUAGUCAUCAGGCACAAGGAACUUCUCGGCUUAUGAAUAAAUUAGAUUGUUUUGAAUAUGCUUUUGAACCCUCAAAGUUUUCAAAUUCCUUGAGUGAUGAUAAAGAAUUAGUUAAUGAAUACAAAUGUGAUUUUGAACAUAGCCAGUGUCAAUGUGAGAAUCCACUUCUCCCAGGACAAUCCACAAAGCCAUUCAGUGGUGACAAAAUUGAAUUGCUUAUCUUGAAGGCCAAGAGAAAUCUAGAGCAGUGUACUGAAGAAUUACCAAAGUCCAUGAAAAAGGAUGACAGUCCUUGCUCAUUAGAUAAACUUGAAGCAGAAAGAUCAUGGGAAAAUAUUCCUGUUACUUUCAAAUCUCCUGUUCCCGUUAACUCUGAUGAUAGUCCUCAACAAACUUCAAGGGCAAAGAGUGCUAAAGGGGUUCUUGAAGACUUUCUAAAUAAUGAUAAUCAGAGCUGUACUCUCUCUGGAGGCAAACAUCAUGGUCCUGUUGAAGCCCUGAAACAAAUGUUAUUUAACCUUCAAGCAGUACAAGAACGUUUUAAUCAAAAUAAGACCACAGAUCCAAAAGAAGAGAUUAAACAAGUUUCAGAAGAUGAUUUCUCUAAAUUACAGUUGAAGGAAAGUAUGAUUCCUAUUACUAGGUCACUUCAGAAUAUUCUAAGUGCUAUUGAAUAUAAUUCAUGUGAUCUUCACAACCUUAUGAAGGCUUUGCACCAUUUGUCUCGCCUGAGAGACCUGGUUGAUGAUACGAAUGGAGAACGGUCACCGAAAAUGUGAAGAGGAAAAUGAAACUGUCACCACAAUAAAUAGUCACCACAGAACAAAUAGGCAUUUUUUCUAUUACUUAAACUGACAAAGUAAAUAUAAGCCAUACAUUAUUUUGUGGUUGGUUCAAGGAUUAUAUAUUUCUAAAACACUAAACUUGAAAAUACCCAUAGGUUUUGGGACCUAUCUUUAUUUUGUGCCAACAUACUAGAAUGUGAACUGCAAGGACCCACAAUGUAUCCUGAAGUCUUACUUUCGCCUUCUGGCCAGCAAAUGUCUAAUAUUUAAAGAUGGAUGACUUCUGUUCUUGAAGCUUACCUGGAUUUAACCUUCCUUCAGCAUCCUCAACAUUACCUGGUUCAGGAUCAUUAAGAAACUUACUGGUUUUUAUCCAAAAUCUUUUACGUUAAAUAGACUUUUUUUAAGAUAUAGUUAGCAUCACUUUUAAACAGCUUAAAGGAAUAUCAAAAUUGUUAUUGUGUAUCUCAUCUAUAGGGAAGUCUGUUACUUUGAAAUUUUCAUAAAUUUAAUAUUUAAGAUACAUUGUAUUUGAAAAUUGCAUUAAUAGUGGGGUGAUACUGUGUUAAAAGGAACGUUGUGUUGUGACAUUCAAGAGAACCUCCUCAUUUAAUUAGUACUUUGAUUCUGUGUAAGAUAAUCUUGGUAGUGCUUGACAGUUUCCAAACCUUUUUUUGGAGAGAUAUUUAAGAAUUUAAUAUUUUGAUAUUAGAUUGUUUCCCAGAUUUUAAUUUUGGGGUUAGCUCAAACUAGUGAAAACUAUGACUAAAUGGCCAAUUGCUUUAUCAGAUUUGAUAACUAAAACUUAAAAUGAAUAUGGAAAAUCAGAAAGCAACUCUAUUUUAGAGCUAUUUUGUAAGAGUUGUGCUUUCUUUAACACGAUCUGUAGUCUUAAGUUUGUCUCUAGCUAGAACUGAACAAAGCUCUAUAAUUUUUACCAAGCACUUAUUAUUAAUACUUCUUAUAAGUAGUAAGCAUCUUUACUAACACAACUGAGAAUUAAGUCAUAAAACAUAACUAAUACAGCACAUUACUGCCUGAUGAAAUUAAAGAGUACUGUGUGUAUGUAUGACUACUACAGGUUAACACUUCACCCAAAUGAUAGCGUUUUUCCUCAGUAGAUUUAUUGUCAAAUAGGAAUUUCUAAGCACGUUGAGUCAAAGCAUUUUUUCCAAGUUAAUAAAGUGUUAUUUACUAUCUUUGUUAGAGAUGACAUGUCAAACACUACAGUGAGCUCUGUGGGUUUUUUUUUGUUUUUUUUUUUUGCCCGUGAGUUUUUUACCAUGCUGCUCUGACCAGUUUGAGUGGCAAUUGCCAAUAGAUUUGUUUUCUUUAUUCUGUGGAGAUGUUUUUACCACUGACACUGUUUUCGGAUUAUAGUCUGCUUCAUAGAAAAUAGCCUGCAUAAUCAAACAAGGAGUGACUUUGAAAUUAAAGUAUGCCUGGCUAUUAAAAAUGCAGAUUUUAGGUGGGUAAACAUCAGGUAGGUCUGGGUGGGUCAUGUUCUAGGCCUAGAAAAAUACACUAUUAGACAAGUUCUAAAGAAGGCAAGGAGAUAAAGGCAUCAGGUGGUAACUUCUAAUUGAAUAUUAUAUGUUGAUCAUACAUAAUAUAUACUAUGCCUGGAAAUUAUGACUGAAAAGCACCUAUUUGGUUAAUGCUCCUAUUCAUGAGAACAUAUCUCCAAUACUAAAUGAGAUAAGCCUGUUCUAAAAUCUUAUAGCCAGUAUUUUAAGAAACUUGAUUAUACUUACCAAAGGAACAUUGUUUGUUUUCUCUUAUUUUAAAUAUGGAGAGGUUUAAUCCUUUACAUAACAAAGGAAUUAAUUUUAGCAAAAUGAUUCAUUCCAACCUUCUUAUAAGAAAUAUCUAGGAGAGUCAACUAAGAAAAAUAACGAAUCUAAGUGAUAAACAUUCAAGAAAUUCUCUAAGAGAUUUAUUUACAUUUUUAAUAUCUCAGGGUUCUUUUUAGGUUUCCAGGGGAAAAGAGCAGGAUAACAGUGUGGAGACUGCUAAGUUGAGAAUUUAAAACAAAUGAGAACAUAAGAUUUUUAAAAUUGCAUUGUGAAUGUAAAAUUUUUAUCAAUCCUUUGCUCUCUUUUAGACAUAUUGAGAAAAUGUUAAAUAGAAAAAAUUAAGAAAUUUUAAUAAGAUGUUUCAGAUCUUUGAGUAUGAAAAACAUAACAAAAAAGCCUAAUUUCAAAAAACUAUUUGAGAUCAAGGGACAAUGGUGUGACCAAUACGAAGGGUCGAGACUGAAAUGUAUUGUCUUUACUAUCAAGAACUCUCCUUUCAGUUGUUUCUCGGACAGUUAAUUUCAGCUUCAUAGAGAUUUCUGAGCAAAUUAAGAAACACUGUUUUCCUGGGUUUGUUUUGGGUAUAUGUCAUUAUAGUUAUGUUAUUUCUUGUUGAAAUUUAUAAUUGUGGGUUUUUUGUAUUGUUUUAGUAUUUAAUGGUGUAUAAUGUGUUAUUACAUUAUAUGUAGUUAUACCAAAAUAUUGCCUGAAGAUAAAUCAUGACAAGGUCCCCUGUUUAUUCCUGUGUUACAGACACAUGGAAUUGCUCCUGUAGAUUUGAAUUUUUGUUUCAUUUUUUUCUGUCCCACCCUUCACUCUCUCUGUUUCAGAACAUUUUUGGUAGAAGUGCUAUCCAGAAGUGAACUUGUCAAAAGGCAAGUAGCAUGAAAGAAGACAAAAGAAGCAAAAGUGGAUAAUACAGUGGAUAAUUUCUGAACACUUGAAGUUUCUUCAAAUGUGCAAGACUGUGUGUCUUCCUAUUAGAUGUAUAAGUUGGAUAUUUCAUGCCUAAUUAAAUGUUGCGUUGGAUUGCA